AUGGUGCUAAAACUCAGUGCAAUGAAGUACAUGCCGCUGAUAGCGUUCCAGCUGGUACUAGUGGCUUUGUUCUUCGUGUUUACAAGAUAUGGACGGGACAAAGAUGUCGACGUCAAAGGAUUUGAAGGCACUCACGUUAUGAUAUUCAUUGGCUUCGGUUUCCUCAUGACGUUCCUCAAGAAGUACUCGUACAGCGCCCUGGGGUUCAACUGGCUGCUGGCAGCGCUGGUGGUGCAGUGGGCCCUGCUCUGCCAAUCGUUCUACCACAUGGAAAACAACUACAUCUACAUCACCAAGAAAUCUUUACUAGAAGCAGACAUCAUGGCGGCCACGGUGCUAAUCACGUUUGGAGCGUUGCUCGGAAUAGCAAGCGGCAUACAGUUGCUAUUCAUUGCUAUUGUUGAAACCGCAGUGGCCUGUCUAAAUCUUUGGUUGGUGACAGACGUAUUCAAGGCAGCUGAUGUUGGUGGCUCAAUAGCAAUACACACGUUUGGUGCGUACUUUGGCCUCGGUGUCAGUGCGGCGCUGAGAAAUAAAAAAACGGAUCCAGCUGGUGGUAACGGUCACACGGUACAAACAGUCGACCUCAAUGGACCCAGCUAUGUGUCAGAUGUCACUGCCAUGAUAGGUUCUAUAUUCCUGUGGAUUUACUGGCCGUCUUUCAACUCCGGGCUGACCAACACCGACGUGGAGUAUCAGAGAGCUGUCAUCAACACAUACCUGUCGCUGGCUGCAGCCACGGUGACAACGUUCGUGGUGUCGUCAGCUGUGAGCAAGCACCAUGGCAGGCUGGACAUGGUGCACGUGCAGAACUCGACGCUGGCGGGAGGGGUGGCCGUGGGCUCCGUGUGCAACAUGGAGGUCGGCCCCGGAGGCGCCAUCGUUGUGGGCGUGGGCGCCGCCCUGGUCAGCGUGAUCGGGUACACCUACCUCACGCCGCGGCUCACCAAGUUGGGUAUCUUGGACACUUGCGGCGUGCACAACCUGCACGGGAUGCCCGGUGUCUACUCCGGACUGCUGUCGGUGCUGUUCGCUGGGAUCGCCACCCAGCAGACCUACGGGGCAGAGGAGCUGGUCAACGUAUUUCCUAGACUGGCCACGCUAUAUCUAAACUCUAUUCAUCGCCUGUUGAUGCUUCAAUUAUCAACGAAACGAACGAACGAACGAACUGUGAAGAGAACGAGAAGCUGUGGUAAGGUAUCAACACUGACGGAAGGUCUUAAUGCUUGUAGAAGCGGUAGUAAGGUAUCCACACUGAGGGAAGGUCUUAAUGCUUCUAAAAGCGGUAGUAAGGUAUCCACACUGAGGGAAGGUCUUAAUGCUUCUAGAAGCGGUAGUAAGGUAUCCGCACUGAGGGAAGGUCUAAAUGCUUGUAGAAGCGGUAGUAAGGUAUCCACACUGAGGGAAGGUCUUAAUGCUUCUAGAAGCGGUAGUAAGGUAUCCACACUGAGGGAAGGUCUUAAUGCUUCUAGAAGCGCUGGUAAUUGUAUCCACACUGAAAGAAGGUCUUAA